UGUAGCUGCUUCUCCAUAGGGACCAUUGUUGUGGAAGGCCAUGAAUUGCAUGAUGAAGACAUCCGCCUCAUGUACACCUUUGAUCAGGCCACAGGUGGGACUGCGCAAUUUGAAGCACACUCAGAUGCUCAGGCUUUGGUCCUCUUAGAUGUCACUCCUGACCAGUCAAUGGUAGAUGAAGGAAUGGCUCGGGAAGUCAUCAAUCGCAUACAGAAACUUCGCAAAAAGUGCAGUCUGGUUCCAACUGAUGAAAUCACAGUGUACUAUAAAGCGAAGUCGGAAGGAAGAUAUCUGAAUAAUGUUAUUGAAAGCCACACAGAGUUCAUAUUUGCCACCAUAAAGGCUCCCUUGAAACCAUAUCCAGUUUCUCCAUCAGAUGAAGUCCUUAUUCAAGAAAAAACACAGUUGAAGGGAUCUGAACUGGAAAUUACACUCACCAGAGGAUCUUCCCUUCCUGGUCCUGCUUGUGCAUAUGUCAAUCUUAACAUUUGUGCAAAUGGCAGUGAACAAGGCGAGAUGCAGUGGCUCAUACCU